CCGCCGGGACGGGCACGGGCGCGCGGGCGCCGGCUGCCUCCCUCCGUCGCUCGCUGUCUCUCCCGGCCGCAUUCUCCUCCGCUGCGGGGCCGAGCUCGCCCCAGCGCUCGCAGGAAGGAAGAAGGGAGCCGAGGACGCCGAGAAGUUCCCGCGGCAGCCGCGGAUCCCGGCCAAGGCGGAGGCUGCGGCUCCGACGGGGCAGGAGCGCGAUCCACGGCGGGGGGCGUACGGCCACAGGGUCCGCGGCGUGGAGCGCUCGGACCUUCUGCUCUCCCCCGGGCCGUGGGCCGGGACCCCAUGAGACGCGCCCACGAGGGGCGCGAGAGCCCUAGCUCGGGCGGCGCUAGGCGGAGGGCGGUGCUGCAGCUGCUGGAGCCAGAGAGCUGCCGGCAGGAGGCGGCGGCGGCGAGAACUUGAACUUGGCGUCGGGAGCGGGCGCCCCGGACGCCUCCCGCCGGGGCCGGGGCGCCGAGGGACCUGCGCCGCAGCGCUGCCCCCGAAUGGCCGCGGCGGCGGACCGGGCUCCCGCGCCGCGGCCCUAGGCGGCCUCUCGCCAUGGCCAAGUGGCUAAACAAGUACUUCAGCUUGGGCAACAGCAAGACCAAGAGCCCCCCGCAGCCGCCGCGGCCAGACUACCGCGAGCAGCGGCGCCGGGGCGAGCGGCCCUCGCAGCCCCCCCAAGCCGUGCCGCAGGCCUCCUCUGCCGCCUCGGCGUCCUGCGGUCCGGCCACUGCCUCCUGCUUCUCGGCCUCUUCGGGCUCGCUGCCCGACGACAGCGGCAGCACCAGCGACCUCAUCCGCGCCUACCGCGCGCAGAAGGAGCGAGACUUCGAGGACCCCUACAACGGGCCUGGCUCGUCGCUGCGCAAACUGCGCGCCAUGUGCCGCCUGGACUACUGCGGCGGCAGCGGGGAGCCAGGCGGGGUCCAGCGCGCCUUCUCGGCCUCGUCCGCGUCGGGCGCGGCGGGCUGUUGCUGCGCCUCCUCGGGCGCGGGGGCCGCCGCGUCCUCGUCCUCGUCCUCCGGCUCUCCGCACCUCUACCGCAGCAGCAGCGAGCGGCGGCCCGCCACGCCGGCCGAGGUGCGCUACAUCUCCCCCAAGCACCGCCUCAUCAAAGUGGAGAGCGCCGCGGGCGGUGGGGCCGGGGACCCCCUGGGGGGCGCCUGCGCGGGCGGCCGCACCUGGAGCCCGACGGCCUGCGGAGGCAAGAAACUGCUCAACAAGUGCGCCGCCUCAGCCGCGGAGGAGAGCGGGGCCGGCAAGAAGGACAAGGUGACCAUAGCCGAUGACUACUCAGAUCCCUUUGAUGCCAAGAAUGAUCUCAAGAGCAAAGCAGGAAAGGGGGAGAGUGCUGGCUACAUGGAGCCCUAUGAGGCACAGAGGAUCAUGACAGAAUUUCAGAGGCAGGAAAGUGUCCGGUCCCAGCAUAAAGGUAUCCAGUUAUAUGACACCCCUUAUGAACCUGAAGGCCAAAGUGUGGACUCGGACUCGGAGAGCACAGUCAGCCCCCGACUGCGGGAGAGCAAGCUGCCCCAGGAUGACGACAGGCCUGCCGAUGAGUAUGACCAGCCUUGGGAGUGGAACCGGGUCACCAUCCCAGCCCUGGCAGCACAGUUUAAUGGCAACGAGAAGCGGCAGUCAUCCCCCUCGCCUUCGCGGGACCGGCGGCGCCAGCUUCGUGCCCCUGGAGGGGGCUUUAAGCCUAUCAAACAUGGGAGCCCUGAGUUCUGCGGGAUCCUAGGAGAAAGGGUGGAUCCUGCCGUCCCCCUGGAGAAGCAAAUAUGGUAUCAUGGAGCCAUCAGCAGAGGAGAUGCCGAGAACCUGCUGCGACUCUGCAAGGAGUGUAGCUACCUUGUCCGGAACAGCCAGACCAGCAAGCAUGACUACUCCCUCUCCCUGAGGAGCAACCAGGGUUUUAUGCACAUGAAACUGGCCAAAACCAAAGAGAAAUACAUUCUGGGUCAGAACAGCCCUCCAUUCGACAGUGUCCCAGAAGUCAUCCACUACUACACCACCAGAAAGCUACCCAUCAAAGGGGCCGAGCACUUGUCCCUCCUCUAUCCUGUGGCUGUGAGGACCCUGUGAGCGGACCAGACCUGCCCUGCUCUGUGACAGAGCCUGAGACUUGGAGGCGCCAGAGGCCCCCCACCAACCAGCCCUGCCACUGUUGCUGGCUGUGUCAUUUGUGUUGUGUGUAUGGUACUAGCACACCACUGCAUGUCUCUAGAAUGCUGUUGCCACUUACGGGGCUGGAGAAGGCCUGGAUAAAGACAGAAGGGCGGCAACACACCACCCCAGCCCCCACCCCCACCCCCACCCUCUCCUUGAGUUUCUGUGAAUUAAAAUAUUUGCAAAUCCAAAGAGAUGCCUUCCAGGAUGAACAAAGGCAGACCAGCUCCGAGGGGCGGGGUAGGGUGGGGCGGGAGCUCCCUGGCUGACAUCUCUUUGUUCUCCAGCUGUCUCAAAUUCACACCUGUGUAUGGGGCAAAGUUUUCCCACAGGAGCCCCCCUACUGAUGCUGGGAGCCAAAUGCUGGUGCUUUGAGAGCCCCUGAGGCCCCGGGGUUCCCGCCCCCGCUGGUGUGUAUAUGUGUGUCUGUGUGUGUGUGUGAGUACAGAUGUGAGAAGGUGGUCACACACAGAUGGGUAAGCCCACUGAUCUACUUGUAGUCACUCAGUGUAAUCAUUAGGUGAUCUUCAAGGAAUCAUUGUGCAGUCAAAAAGAGGAUUCAAUUAUUUAUGAAUAGGGUGUGUAAAUAAAAUAGUCAUUUAAUA